UUUUGACCAAAAUCGGCUCACAGAUGUUCAUUAUAUACCUGGAGUAGCCAUAAAACUUUCAACUGGAGUAUAUUUGUUUUGGUCAUAAAUAACAAAACUGUAUUUUUUGUAGACCUGGAGUUUUGCUGAAAAGGAAAAUUUAGUUUUUUAACCUGACCGUUUGAGUGUUCCUGUUCUCGAUUUGACAGCUGUUUAUUUAUGCUUUAUAAGACCGAUAAAACGAUAGUUAUGUUAUCAUUACUAUCAAAUGUUUAUCUUGGAGGCGUGAACAUUGUGUUUUGUUGGAAUAAUAAAAGCAUACUUUGAUAAUUGAGGAGUUCAACGUUUGUAUAUGGAGCGACCAAUUAGUAUUUACUCCGGAAUAUAGAAUAUUUAGAAAUCCAGUCUAUUUAUAAAUAAUGUACAAUAUGGGCUGAACAAAGUAUAUAUUCCUUUCAUCCGGAUGACAAGGAACCCAUAAAACAGUUCUGCUGGGUGGAAAUGGAUAAAGAGAAUGGAAAGAGUAGCGAAGGUAACUCGAGCUCCAAUAAACUAUCCAACCAAUCGGACCCGGCCUCACUGCUUGAUGCAGCCAGCUUAUUUGGAGCUUACUGGCCCAGAGGAGAUGCUGCUGCGGCCGCAAACCUGUUCGCCGCCGGAGGCGGUUUCGGCAUGCCGCCACACCCGGCGGCGGCCGCUGCGGCUGCCGCAUCCGGUAUGCCGUUCGGCCUCAUGCCGCCCAGCUCGCCGGGCGGACGGGGCGCCAUGCCCAACUUUCCGACGUCCUCGGUGGCGGCGGCUUACAGCAACGCCUACACCAACACGCUGUCGGUGGCGGCAAGCCAGGCAGCGAGUCUCGGCAUACCUGCCGCAAGUGCAGCAUGGUGGUCGAUGGCCUCCCACCUGGCGGCGCAGGACUACCUCGCCCGCCUCCAAGCCUCCGGCCUGAACUUCCCCUCCCUAGGCGAUCCCUACGCCUCCCUGGCCGGCCUGCCCUCCCUAUCUAGCGGCUCCUCCCAUCACCAGGCCCAGACCAAGUCCAAGAACUCCUCCAAGGGCGGCUCCAAGUCUCACGCGAAGGACAAGUCUUCCCCCUUCUCCCUGCACCAUCAGCAGCAGCAGCAACGCUCCUCGUCGUCGCCGUCGCUCAAGGUCAGCUCCAGUCCGGGCCCCAACGCGGGGAAGUCCCCGAAGAACUCCGCUCUAGGCCUGACCAUCCACUCGGCAGGUGGCGCCAGGUAUCAGCAGGAGAAGAGGUCGUCCAAGGGGUCUUCGUCUUCGUCCUCCUCGGCGUCAGCCUCGGCUGGCAUGAACGACAUGACGUACAACAUGAAGCAGCUGGAGAAGCUGAAGAACAGCGGGAACAACGUGAGCAUCAGCAGCAGCUCGGAGGGGAAGAUGCCGAUGCAGUCGUCUUCGACGUCGGGCAUCUUCAGCAGUCCGAUGAAUAUGGUUAGCGGUUCGGAUAAGGGCGCAGUGACGUCUGCUGUGUCGUGCGCAAGCACCGUGAGCAGCGUCGGUUUACCUUCCAGUAUUUUAAGUGAUCCCAACUCUAUACUCGGAGGCGUUCGACUACCUCCAGACACAGAAAUUAUUAAGUAUACCUCAUCGAUAGUGGGCCCCAAAGUACCCGGAACCACAAACCGAGGUAGAAAAAAGACAAUAUCCUUGGAUCCUCCCUUAGUCAGUGUUCACCCUUCCAGUUCGCUGGAAAGAUCCAACAAACGACUGAAAUUGAACGAAUCGCUAGACGAUCAUCAGCAACUCAACUCCCAUGACAGAAUAGAAAUGAUAAAGCUUCCACCCACCAACGGCAGUCCUUCCGGCAUCUCUGGAUCACCUUACAGCAGCAAUAAUGGGGGCGAAUCUGCGGGAGAGGCCCCACUCAAUCUCUCCCUCAAAUCUUCGGCACCGCCCAGCACCUGCAGCACAAACCCAUCACUGAACUCACUGAGCAACAUGUCUGCCAACAUAGGGAUGGACAGAGUUUCACGUCGAAAACCCGGUCCCAAGCCGAGACGCGUGAUACCCUCUGGUUCUCAACACCCACCACCAGCUCCAAGCUCCUCCCUUCUUCAGAUGUUCGCCUCCGCAGAUUCUCCAAGGCCGCCUAGUCGAAACGAGGGUUCGGACGGGGGCAGUUCCACGUCGUCGACCUCGGCCCCGCCCACAAACGCAGGCGGGUCCUCCUCGUCCAAUCACAAGGAGGGCAGGCCCAGAAACCUCGGUAGGGGGGUCAGUAAGCCGAAGAAGAACACCGUGGCUUCGCUCCUGGCCCAAAGCAGGGCUUUAGGGAUAAAACCCAUGCCGAUGCUAGACCCGAACACAUCGAUGAACCAGCAGCUGAGCUUUCUGAAGUCGAACAUCCUGGCAGCCCAACAAUAUAUAAACGAAGCAGGCGGGGACGAGAAGAUGUUCAACAAACUGCUCCAGGAGAAGUUUAAAGGCACCUUGAGCGAUUCAAGCACUGUCGAUGCUUCAACCGACUCCGAUAACAUGUCCGAUUCGAAUCAUACUGACUCGGAGAUGGAAGUGGAGCUACCCGUUAAGAAACAGAAGCAGUACGACGAGAGGGCACUUAGGGUACCUCUGGAGCUAGGCUGGAAACGUGAGACUGUAAUCAGAGGACUGACCAAGACUGGUGGUCUGAAAGGUGACGUCACCUAUUCAGCCCCAGAUUGUUCUAAUAAAUUCAAACAGAUGUCAGACGUAACACAGUAUUUGGAAAGUCAGAAUAUCCCGGAAUUGUCCAGGGACAACUUCACCUUUAGCUGUAGGGUCAUCUUGGGUAACUACCUCCAACCAGUGCCUCCUGAGAUGGCCAUGGAUGGUGAAUUUGUCCAGCUGACCGAAGAAGACGUAACGAAAAGGUUAGAGGAAUUAAAAUCUGCCAUGCGAACAAAUUUAUCGGUAGAGCAACGAAUAGAAUUGGCCAGGAAACAGCAGGCUGUUAGGGCUGCUGCAAGGUUAGAUAGGGAACAGGCGAGGAUAGCCAAGGAGAUUGAGAGGUCAGAACGGCAGGAAGCUGCUAGGAGAGAUAGGGAGAUCAGAUCGCAGCAGAUGAUGGAGGAGAGGGAACGAAGAAGACAGCACAUGGCCCUGGUGAAAUCCCUGGAAAGCCGCAGGAAACUGGAGGAACGCGAGAAGAAAAAGCAACAACUCCUUGCCGAAAAACAGGCCAACAAAGAGAAGAAGAUGGAACAGAGAAGGCUGGAGAUGGAGAUCUUAAACGAGCUCAGGAAGCCCUGCGAAGACCUGGAGCUCGACCAGAAACCCAUGCCCGAACUGGAGAGGAUCCCCGGUCUGAAGCUACCGGGACAAGCUUUCGGAAACGUUCUUAUGGUGUUCGAAUUCUUGCACAACUUUGGAGAAACCCUGGGUUUCGACAUGGAUUCUCUACCUACGUUAGACUCCCUACAACAAGCCUUGAUGCCCAAUGAACACUCCUUCGAGGCAGAAGAGGAGUUGUUUUCCAUAAUGACACAUCUGUUGGUGUGUGCCGUUGAAGAUCCCGGGAUUCCAAACCCUGCCAGGCAUACCACGAUCUUAGGGCAGAGUCUUAGACAAGCAGAUAUCACUCACGUGAAUUUAUCGGAAAUCCUGAGGAUAUACCUUUACGCAAACGCUACAGGCGAGGUCAAGGCCUUGACCGGUGUACACUUCGAAAGAGAAAGAGAGAAAAGGAUAGCCGACCACCAUCAGAACGAUGAUGAGAUGCAGGUGACUCAGCAGGGCAAAAACUCUCAGUACUACGAGCUGCUACACAAUAACGAAACCUGGAAGCUCUCCAACAUGCUGAAGGACAAACCCUUCAUGGCUUUGUCCCCUACGAGGAAGUCUGAGAUACUGGCUUACAUUUGCAACGAGCUGUUGCAGAACAAGGCGGUUAUACGUCAGAUCGAGGCUUCCUUGGAGCAGGUGGUGCAGCUGAAGAAGGAGAAGUGGCUGCUGGAUAACAAGAUCAGGAAGUUGAAGAUGUUGCACGGUAAGAAGGUCAGGUCCGAGGCCGUUGAAAAGGUGCAGAAGACUGGAGAUAUGGAUAUCUCAGAGUCUGCUGUGGACUCGCCGUCUUUACAUAAAGAGGAUCUUUUGGAUGAUGAGGAGAACGAGAUGAGCGAUAACGAGAGUUUGGCAACGCAGCCUGAAGAGGAAGAAGACGCCAAGCUGAGCGGCGAAGAACUAGGCAAGAAACUGGAGAAGCUCCUGAAGACCUCGGAGAGUCAACUCCAGGCCCUGAACAUCUCCACCCAACAGCUGAGGGCGACCUGCUUCGGCCAGGACAGGUACUGGCGAAGAUACUGGCACUUCCCCAAAGCCGGCGGCAUCUACGUGGAAGCCAUGGAGUCCGCCGACCCAGAACUCCUGCACCAGCUCACCGAAGAGGACAGCAAGACACAGGACAUAAUCGAGACCACGCCUUACGGCGAUUUCCACUCAGACCAAGACGACAAAGAGACAAACUACGCGGAAGAAGGACAAUACAACAGCAUCUACAACUCCGCAAAAGAGGAGUACAAUGAGGAGAACGAACACAGGAAGACGCCCAACAGAUUGGACGGCCUGGAAAACGGCAGCAACACCUUGGACAGGGACGAGAACAACCUGCUGGAGCUGCAGAAGAGCGUGGACGACGUGGUGCAGAACCUGGAGAAGGAGCGCCACGCCAAAGAGCAAGAGAUGAAGAUGGAGGUCAAGACGGAAGAGGAACCGUUGAGGAACAGGAAGUUCAACCUGUUUGAGAAGCUCGGGCAGUGCAUGGAAAGGGAGAACAAGACCGAGGAAGACCUUAGAGCUGAUGUAAAAGCCGAGGUUAAGGAAGAGCUGAAGAACGAGAUCUUGAAUGAGUUGAAGAACGAUAUCAAGACGGAAAGUAAGGAGGAGGAGGAGCAUAAGAGUGAGGCGGAGUCAAAGUGGUUCAGCGUGUUGAGCAGAGAGGGCACUUGUGAGGAGGUCCAUCUGACCGCUGGGAAUAAGUGGGAUAACGGUGCGGUGACUAGGGACAAUGUGACCGAACUGAAGAUACCUGUGUUUCCCCAUCCGAAUUCGGGGGGUUCUUAUUCGAACGUCGAUAAUUGUGAUAACCUGCCGCCGUUGUUGAUAACGGCGGAGGAGAGUGUGCAGUUGGAGUAUAUCAAGAAGCACGGCAUGCCGAAGUCUUGCCCCAAGAAGAGCGUACCAGUGGAGAAGAGGUACGGGUGGUGGAAGGUGAGCAAGACAGAGGAGUUGAAAGAAAUCUUGGACAACUUGCACGUCCGAGGCAUCCGUGAGAGGGAGUUGAAGAGAAACUUCAACAGUAUUAUGCAGGCCAUGUACCCCACGGAAAGGAUCCACAUCGAAGAGGGCAACAAAGAACUUACCGAGCUCUCAACCGAACACAUGGACGACGUCAUGUUCAUGGAAGGCGGGGCUCCUUACCCCGACCAGAAGGACGCCUGGAACAAGGCCAUAGCGGAAAGAGUGGACGCCUCCUUGUUGGAACAGGUGGAAGCUCUGGAAGAAAAGGUGGCCAACGCCAGUAUGCAGGUGAAGGGGUGGAAACCUCCCAGUAGGGAGGGGCCUCCCACUCUGCCUGAGGAAAUGAUGAACACUAUAAGGGAGAGACUUGCGUCGUUGGAGCAGAACAUCGAGAGGAGAUAUCUGAAGCCUCCUUUGGGUGUCAACACUGGCGACCCAAACCUGGCAGCGAUCGCCCAAGAAACGACUGGUACUUCUUCCACGUCAUCUCAACCUCCCACUCCAGGCCCUGACGACAUACCUAAGGGUUUGGCUACGUGGCGGGAGGCCUUGAACCGUAGCCAGACCUCAGCGCAGCUGGCGAUGUGCCAGUACUCGCUGGAAGCGUCGAUCGCCUGGGACAAAAGCAUCAUGAAAGCUGUGAGCGCUACUUGUGCUUUUAGUAGAGUGACAGCUCGCAAAUAUAACAGUAAACUAAGUAACUGCCAAUUCUGUCAUAGCGGAGACAAUGAGGACAAACUUUUGCUGUGCGACGGUUGUGAUAGAGGUUAUCACACUUAUUGUUUCAAACCUAUGAUGGAGAACAUUCCCGAAGGAGACUGGUAUUGUCAUGAGUGUAUGAACAAAGCUACGGGAGAAAGGAACUGCAUCGUUUGUGGCAAAAAACAAGCAAUAAGCGGAACGAAACUUGUCCUUUGUGAUCUCUGUCCACGUGCAUACCAUUUAGACUGUCUGCAGCCACCUAUAACGAAAAUACCACGUGGGAAGUGGUACUGUCUGAAUUGUAUCUCGCGGAAACCCCAGAAAAAAGUCAAAAAGAACAACAAUAAAACUCCGAAAGAGAAUGAAACUUCCGAGCAUCCUCCACCAAGCCCAGCACCAUCACACAGCUCUGUAGCGACAAAUGAAGACCAGUCCACAACGACAAACUGUAAUCAGAGCGACAUCUCAAAUUCUAGCCUCUGCAACACUAUGUCCCCUUCUUCUCAGACUCCAAAAAAAGAAAGAGUUUCCAAGAAACUCAUAAAGGAAUUAGUGCCAUGCAAGGCCAUUCUGGAAGAUUUGGAGUGCCACGAUGACGCUUGGCCAUUCUUGUUGCCUGUCAAUACGAAGCAGUUUCCCACCUAUAGGAAAAUUAUAAAAACACCUAUGGAUUUGUCCACUAUUAAGAAGAGAUUACAAGAUAUGCACUAUAAAAGCAGGGAGGAGUUCACUGCCGACGUCAGGCAGAUAUUCAACAACUGCGAAAUUUUCAACGAAGACGACAGUCCGGUGGGCAAGGCAGGUCACAUGAUGAGGCAGUUCUUCGAGGCUCGGUGGAACGAAAUGUGCCUGAACCACAGUUGAGGUUAUACAGACAUCAAACGCUGUUAGUGAUAGAUCGAUUUGACAACGAUUCCCUUUCGUUAGAUAAAUAAAGGGUGUUCGUGAAAUGUGACUAAGAAAACUCGAAUAUUUUGAUUCAAAAUUCGUCGCAGACUCGAGAAGAUAUGGAUGUUAUUUGACAAAUUAAAAAUCGUUUGACUAAUAAAAGGAAGUAUUUUUUUUGAGAUUUUUUGGUUGUGUUAAUAUAUGCAUGGACAAUGGUUUCGGUUUCAGGAUUUCGAUAUGUAAUAGAAAUUUUCUAGUGAGUGAUACAAUGAAAAAUGACAUUUACGAUGUUGUAUACUACCUUAGAGCUUUUUACUGUUGUCCAUACUGUAAUUCUUCGUGUACAGUUCAGUAAUAGUUUAUAAGCGCCCUUUUCGAAAUAAUUCACUUUUCAAUACAUCAGAAAUGAUUUUGUAUUUUUGAUAGUGUUCUAUAUUUUUAUAUAUAAUUUAUUUAGAAUGCGUCUUUUAUUUGACCUUGUUCAAUUUCCAAAGAUGUGUUGGAUGAAGUGAUCUGAUUUUUGUGUAGUUCCAUUCCGUUGCGUUUUUAUUAGUUAACGAUGAAUAAGAACUGAGAUAUUAGUUUAAAUUCGUGUUGGGGUAAUGUAAAAAGUGUAAAAAGGUACAUUCGAAUCGCUCAACAUCAACAGUACAGAAGAUAUUGUAUUUAAAAGUAUUGUAAAAUCUAAAUAUUUCAGAGGUUGUACUAAAUUAUUAAUGUGUUUUAGUAGGCUAGUUCUGGCAAUUAUUUGCAUUUCUAGAACUAGGUGUAUUUCAGUGUAAGAUAUUAUUUAAUUAUAUCUACUUUUUAAACUUA